AUUUACUUGUAGCAAAUUUUAGAAUAUUGGAAAACCUAAUUUUUUGUUUUGUAUAUCCAAGAAACUGCUGCCACCAAUCUUUUAUGACUCCUCAAAAAUUCUCUUUUAGGAAGUUUCCCAAAAACGACAGAUUACUACUUCAACUUAAGAACUAAUAUCUAAAGUUGAAGAAAUGUUGAAAUACCUUCCUCCCAUCGAUUAUUGCCGACUCUGUGUAAAAAGCUGCAAUGAUAACCAGCGCAGCCUUUAUGAUGAGACAGGUCAAGCUAACUCGAAUCAUGAUCUUGUGGCCAAAUAUUUUACUAACGCAAUGUUGAAUAUGGAAUGGGAAAGACGUCUUCAAUAUAUCUGCGAGAAAUGUUGGCAGCAUAUCAGGGAGUUUCAUCAAUUCCAGCAGUCGAUUAUUGAGGCACAGAAGGGCCCACAUUUGCAUACAGAAGCGGCAAAAGAAAUUGGGAUUAAGCCCGAAAUGGAGAUAAAUCAGCAAGAAUUACAAUUGGAGUUGCCUAGUGACCAGGCUUUAAGCUCUAGCACUGAAGGUUUAUACAAAUCUACAGCCCUGAUCUUUGAUAUAAAAAAUGAAGAACCUUUGGAUCUCAAUAGUGAUUAUAAUGGGAUGUCGCCUCAUGGCAUCGCUCAGUUAACGGAUGAAGAAGCGACUCUGAAGGAUACAGCAUUGACAAAUGACAUUGAAUCCAAUGAAGAUUUUAGCUCAAAUGAUGAACUGCCCUUAUCAUCUUUCAGGCAGACCAAACUUUACUCCUCGCAAAGUAAAUUUGCUACAACAAAAAGGUCUGUAGAGGAGUUUGAUGAGCUGGUAGCUUUGUGGCGUUCUUCCUUGGAAUGUGAAAUUUGUCAUCAGCUGGUGGCCAGCUAUUCCCAGUUGAAGGAACAUUUUAACAAAAACCAUGUUUCAGAAAUUUGUUACCUCAUGUGUUGCCAAUUGAGGCUGGAUACUCGUUAUGAUAUUGAAAACCACAUACACUAUCAUAAUGCCCCACAGCAGCUUAGAUGUAAGGCCUGUUGCAAGGCCUUCCGUUUGAAGACAUAUUUGAAAAAUCACAUUAGGAAAGUCCACACCAGCAAGGGAGGAGAUAAUAAAAAUGCCAAAAUCAGCGAGAGUAGAGUGGAAGGAAAAUAUCGUUGCUGCAAGUGUUCAAAGGACUUUGCAACGAAAACACAUUUAAAUACCCACAAUCGGGAUGUUCAUAAAAUCCAGAUUUAUGAAUGUAACAUUUGUGAAAAAUCAUAUACGCGCCCGGAUGCACUGAGCGAGCAUUUGGCUAUACACAAAGGCGAGAAGAAGCAUGCCUGCUCCUUCUGCCCCAAGGCAUUUACCUGUCGUUCUUAUUACCGUCAGCAUAUGAAAAAACAGCAUCUCCAAGAAUGGAAGAAGAUGCAUAAUGAGCCGGCCCAAACAGAGAAGGGGUAUAGGCGAGAAAUUCGAGGAGAGAGUGUGGUCUAUGUUUGCCGUUAUUGCUCCAUGGAAUAUGACAAACUGCGUUCCAUGUAUCAUCAUCUCAAUCGUUGUCAAAAAGACAAUGAAACAAUAGAACCUAAAAUGGGGUUUCGCCAGGAAACUCGUGGAGAGAGUGUGAUAUAUGUUUGCAUUUAUUGUUCCAAGGAGUAUGAAAAGCGGGUUUCCAUGCUCAAUCAUAUCAGGCAAUGCCAAAUAGACAAUGGGCCAAUGGAGCCUAAAAGGGGUUAUCGGCGAGAAGCUCGCGGAGAGAGUAUGGUCUAUGUUUGCAUUCAUUGCUCCAAGGAGUAUGAAAGGCGGUAUGCCAUAAACAAUCAUAUUAGGCAAAGUCAUGAAGACGCUAUGCCAAUAGAGUCUGAAAAGGGGUGUCGACGAGAUAUACGGGGAGAGGUUAAGAUCUUUGUUUGCAUUUAUUGUUCCAAGGAGUAUGAAAAGUAUCAAUCCAUGAGCGCUCACCUCUCCCGAUGCCAUAGAGACGAAAGAUCUUUAGCGAAGCCUAGAAAGGGGUAUCGGCUGGAAACUCGUGGCGGGGGUAAGGUCUAUGCUUGCAGUUUUUGCUCCAAGGAAUAUGAAAAAUAUGAAUCCUUGAACGCUCAUAUCUACCGAUGCCAUAAAGACGAAAGUUCUUUAGCGAAGCCUAGAAAGGGGUAUCGGCGAGAAACUCGGGGAGAGAAUAAGGUCUAUGUCUGCAUGUUAUGUUCCAAGGAGUAUGAAAAUCGGAAUUCCAUGAUCUAUCAUCUCAACCGAUUCCAUAGAGACGAAGAAUCUCUAACGAAGCAGGCAACAAUAAAUUCUCAGCCUUCAGUGCCAGCAGGUCAAAUUAGUCAAGACUCAUUGAACACCAGGACUAUAGGUCGGCAGACAGGUGAUAAAACCAAUAAAACUCCUAAUGGUGAUAUGGGUAUCUUAAAUGAACUUUGCAAAGAAGGAGAAGGUGAAAAUGCUACAUUGACGGCCUCUUUGGAGGGAAUAGAGUUGCAAGAUGAAAAUGCAACCAGGACAACUGUGAAGACCGAACAAUUUUUGGAUGAAACAAAUGCCUUGGGAAAUGAGGAGAUAGAUGAAAAAGAUAUACCACACGAAUUUGAAGAGGCCACCUGGGAAAGCGAAGAAUUCAUAAAAUCCGAAGUAGAAGAAUUUAUGGAGCUUUGAAGCAGAGGCU